AUGAUGGCGGCGUACAUUCGACCAUUGUCAAUUGCGGACCUCGACCGGUGCCUCGCUGUUGAAACAGCAGCGUUCCCACCAGCGGAGGCAGCAACUCGAGAAAAGAUUGAGUAUCGGCUUAGUGUCUGCCCUGAACUCUGCCUUGGUCUCUUUGUUCCCGAGCAAACUGCAACCAAUGCGGAUGUCAAACUCGAAGGGGAAAUACCGGUGCUGGAUACUGCCCCUCCCAGUUCUGCUAAAGACAAACUUAUUGCACAUGUCAUCUCCACCAAGUCACCCUCCCGAGUCGUGAGGGAUGAAGACAUGUCUUUCCCGCCCACUUGGAAGACAGACCCUACUGCUCAGCACGACGUUGGUCAUAUAGCCGACGGAAAGACUAUUGCUUUGCACUCGCUGGCCGUAUCACCGUCCUACCAAAGAUCUGGCUUCGGCAAAAAGCUGAUGGGGUCUUACAUCGAGUACAUGAAGCAGAAUGGGCAAGCCGAGAGGAUAUCCAUUCUCACGUACGACAGACUUGUGCCCUACUAUCAAAAGCUUGGCUUUACGCAUUACGGCAAGAGCCAAUCUGAAUAUGCCGGCGUUGCAUGGCAUGAUCUGGCCUAUGAGUACUCUGCUUAG